AUGGCUGCUUUUAAAGAAAAUUUAUUAUCUUCCAAUCAUUGUAAUGAGGCCAAAAUGAAUUUUCUUGAUGACUGGGAUUCCCUGGCAGUGGAACAGAGAGCUAAUAACAAAAAACUCAACAGAACUGACCAAAAAGAUCUGUCAGAGCCAUCUUUUACUGUGAGUCCAGAUAACACAGGAAGCGCUCAUUCACAGUCAUGUGCAUUUGAAGACAGUCUUUAGUAUGCUUUCUUGAAUGAAACAUAUUCCAUACUUUAUUCAGGGUCAAAACUAAAUAACGAACGUUUUAAUCAGUUAAAUGCAGAAAUAGAGUCUGAAAUGAAGAGACGAGAGGAAUAUCUUUUGGAUGUUUUGGGACAGCAUGGUAUUAAGACUUUUGACUUGGAAAAAAUCUACAAUAUUUCAAAUGAUUGUAAAAAACCUGCUGAAGAUGUGAAAAACUGUGAUAUAGAUGAAGAUUCGCAGCAGGAAUAUCACAGUGCUGAAGAACAAGAAUAUAGAAGUAACCAUUUAUCUUUCCACCAAGAAAAAACAGCCAGUCUGGGAGCUGUUGAGUUAAGAAAUUUAGGUUCUGCUAUUAAAGGUGCUAACAAUCCAAAAGAUAAAUAUGCUAAAUUUGAAAGUAGUUCUAAUAUCUCUUUAGAUUCCAUUGAGGCUUAUGAACAAGAAGGUUCAUCUCAUGUCUCCGUAUCCCAGGAUUCUGUUAUGUUAAAAGAAAGUCCUGAAUCAAAGCAUGAAAAAGGCAAGGAAAAAGAGAAGAGCUUAAUGUACCACACAAUAUUUGAUGAAUUUUUACUGAAGUGCAGUCCUCUUGAAAAACAGGAAUCUCAAUCUAAAAGUUGUUUCUUGAAGCCUGAAAAGACCUUAAAGACAGAAAUUGAUACUGGUACAGCCAAAUCUCAAAUACCUAAAAGUAAAGAUUCUUGUGGCAGUGCAAUUGUUAAUAACAGAACAGUGCAGCACCGUGGAAACCCUAGCAUUGUUGCACAGGGCAAAGCAUUAGAGACAUUGCUGCAUCCCAGUAAAGAUGCCCAAACUUUCUGGGCCUCUAUUUUUGAUGAACCACUAAUAGCUGCCUAUGCAUGUUCACCCUAUAAAAGUAUGCAAAACAACCCUAGCCAAGCCUUAGACUUUUCUGCUACUUUACCAAAGAUUUCUGUGGUAAAUAAUGAGGCAAUAGAAGAGAACUCCCUAAGAGUUGCCAAUGGCAGUACCACCAAGAAAGCCUGCUUUCGCAGUGUGGAAGGGAAACGCCGUGAGUCCAGGACAGAUGCGAAUAGGGGUGUGCUCACAGUCACCCAGAUGGUAGAUGUUACUACGGACUUUAGGGCUUGCUUCACAACCAGCAGGGCAACUAGUACAAGGUCUUCUGUGGUCUCUACAUCAAGCAACACGGAGAUAACAAUGAUGAGUAAGAAACGGCCUGGUGAAUGGCAACAUGAGACACAAAGAAGUGUGGCUUGUAAUACAGACUGGUCGUGCAGUCAAGACAACGAAGAUUCCCACAUGCCGAUGACAAGGGGCUCGUUGGGAAAAUCUCUCUCAGUUGACAGCUUGAAACCUAAUGGAAAUUUCCUUAAUAAGAUGUCACUAGAAUUAAGAAAAGCAUGUGAUCACACAGAUUUAAAGAAACAUCCUGAGGGGGAGUUUGAACUUGCCCAUGAGAUGGAGGAGGAUUUGCCUUCAAAAUGCUGUCAGAAAAUAAUGCGGAGAGCCGUUAAAGCAGAAUUGCACCUGUUACAUGUUCACUACCAGAUGUGUCAUCGCCAUUGUAAUGAUAUUUACCAACUUGUAAUGCAAAAUAGGAAAGUAUUAAACAUGGAUUUAUUGAAUAAUCUUGCUAAAAAGGAAGUAGGAGCAGCACUGCUGUCUGUUUCGGGAGACCUGAAGGCCCGGUGUUCACGUCUGGAAGAGAAGAUCAAGGGUGGUGCCCCUCUGGAGGAGCUGCCCCCACUAGCACUCGAGACAAGAUUACUGGCUGCCUUCUCUUGUUUUGCCUCCAGGCUAAUGAAAGAAGACACACCUGUCGUCUUAGGAGCAGAUUCUGAACUUGAUCAUCAGAACACAAAUGAUGCUGAUAUUUCAUCAAACCUAAAAAAGACAUUCUCUAAGGUGUCAGUAGCGACUGACAGUAGUAAUGCUGUACCGAAUGGAUCACCCAACAAUGACUUCAAAAAUGGCGAGGUAGAUGUAGAUUUGAGUCAGCUGAAACUUGAUGAUAAAGGCUGUAAAAAUGAUAGAGUAGGUGAAGAUUGGUUUGAUGCUAGAGAGAACCUGACAGGAGCUGACUUCUCAGGAAUUCAAGAAAAUCAAACAGAACAAGACAAAGGGGACCUAAAGGUUACACAAGAAGUGAAGGAUGAACCCUUACGAAGAGAUAAAGGUUACUUGAUACAUGUUGGUGGUCUCUGCCCUACAGUCUCUGAGGCUGAUUUAAGAGCUCAUUUCCAAAAAUACCAAGUUUGUGAAAUUUCAAUUUAUGAUUCUUCUACUGAUUACAGGUAUGCAUCUCUUACUUUACAGAAAAGCAGUGAUGCAAAGACUGCAGUGAAAGAAAUGAACGGGACAGAAAUCAAUGGAAAAUCAGUGAACGUGCGACUGGUUAAAACUCCUGGAGAUUAUACAUCACCGCUUUCACCAAAAAAUGGAAACCGAGUCCGUGGGAAUAAUUUGGAGCAAAGCACCAGUAAAGAAACAAACCCCGCCUCCUCUGUUUCUCGGUUGGUCAAAACUAGACCACGGCGCCUGGGAUCAGAACAGGACAGAGAGCUCUUCCCUUUAGAGCAGGGUCUCAAGAAGAAUUGCAAGCAGCUGGAGUCUGCCAAAUCAUUGCCAGAUGUUCCGGCCCAGUUCAUACCUCCAAAUACACUGAACCUGCGCAGCUUCACCAAGAUCGUGAAUAGACUGACUGAGCUCCACCCACAGACUAGCAGAGACCAUAUUAUAGAUGCACUUCAAGAAGUACGAACAAAUCAUAAAGGAAAAAAAAAUCAUAAAGGAUUCCUAAAUGGCUUAUCCAUUAACACUAUUGUGGAAAUGACUUCCUCGGUCUUGAAAAAUUCUCCCUCCAGUUAG